AUUAUAUCUAAUUGUGGUGUUAAUGCUUAUCCGCUUUUCCCAGCCUAGAAAGUUGAGCUGCAGAAAAAAAAUUCUGUUUUUUCUUUCGGGGGUUUUUGAUUGAACCGCCAAAAUCAGUUGGAUUUUCUUUCAGUGGAAGAAAACAGUUUUAACGGUUACCCAUAUGAAGAGCGCUGUGGGGGCGGGAAUUUUCCAGCACUUUCUCUCACUUUCCCCUGCUGAAUUUUCCCAUUUCAACUCUAACAAGAAUCUUAACCAGUUUUCACGAUUUCAAUGCAACAGCAGCAUCAGCUUUCCUUCAAGAUUAGGCCCAGAUAGUAAACACCGCGGUUUUCUAUCAUCUACCUUGAUUCCCUCUGCUUCUGCUUCCUCCAUCGGAGGCUCCAGUGCUGAUUACUCUGAACAAUUGUUGGAUGCCCAAAGAAAGCAGAAGAGGAAGAGGCGCAUAGCAGGGGUAGAUCAAGAUGAACUGGUGGAGCCAACAGUUUUAGCUGAUCCAGACAGUUGCUUUUGUGAGUUUAGAGGGGUGCAGAUACACUACAAGGUAUAUGAUGGUGAAUCGCAGGCAAAUGGGUUGCUUCAGACGCAGGCUACUAUGUCUAACCAGACAAAGAAGGUUGGUCUUCCUAUGAUCUUACUACAUGGUUUUGGGGCAUCAGUUUUCUCUUGGAAUCGAGUUAUGAAACCUUUGGCUGGGGUCACGGGUUCCAAAGUUCUUGCCUUUGAUAGACCAGCCUUUGGAUUGACAUCGAGGGUGAACCUUUCGGAGUUGCAUUCAGCUUCUGGCAAUGGGGAUUCAAAACCUCUGAACCCUUAUUCCAUGGCUUUUUCAGUGCUUGCUACUUUGUACUUCAUUGAUUCUUUGGCAGCUGAGAAAGCAAUUAUUGUUGGGCAUUCAGCUGGUUCUCUUGUAGCAGUUAAUACAUACUUUGAAGCCCCAGAACGUGUUGCUGCUUUGAUCCUGGUUGCCCCAGCUAUUUUGGCCCCAGUAACUGCACCUAAAGUUGCUAAGGGAAACCAAGUAGGAAGAGAGAGACAGCUUGAAGAAGAGAAUUCGAGCACAAAUAUCUUAGGCAAUCCAUUUAUCCAGCUUUACAACAUCUUGUCCAAGUUUACUAAAGUUGUUGUCGAUGCUAUAAUAGGAUUAGUGAAGGGGAUGGCAGUUAUGAUCAACUCUCUGUAUAAGAAAUUAUUGUCAUCUAUUUUGCGUUCCGCCUUUGCUGUAACUCUGGUAAGGACAAUAAUUGAUAAAUUAGGUAUUCCUGCCGUUAGGAAUUCAUGGCAUGACCCAAAUCAAGUUACAGAACACAUUAUAAAUGGUUAUACAAAGCCAUUAAGGACUAAGAGUUGGGACAGGGCACUUGUGGAGUUCACUGCUGCAAUGCUUACAGAUACAGCUUCUGAAUCAAAGGGACCACUCACAAAAAGACUCCAUGAAAUCUCAUGCCCUGUUCUGAUUAUCACUGGUGAUAAUGACCGACUUGUACCCUCUUGGAAUGCCGUGAGACUCUCACGGGCAAUACCUGGGGCUCGCCUUGAAGUGAUCAAGCAUUGCGGCCACUUGCCACAUGAAGAAAAAAAGGAUGAGUUCAUUUCCGUAGUUCAGAAAUUUCUGCAAACUGUUUUUGGCGAUUCAGAAGAGCAGCGUCUUCAGGUUGUGGUUUGAAAUUUGUAUGUCUCUUACCAGCAUUAUUUCCAUUUUACUUUGUUCAAAAGCAGUUUUGCAGCCUUGAUAAUACAUGCAACGAGGAAGUAGUCGCAAGUUCUGUUGAUGUUACCAUUUCGAUAUUCAACGAUUAUAAAAAUAGGCACAUUUUAGCGAACUGGCCAUUACAAUUGCCAUCAUUGGCUUUCAUAGCUUGUAAUGUAACUGGGGGAAAUUUUUUUUUGUCUUUCUCAAACGUUUGAUACCAUGAUUAGCAACAGUGGUUUUUCAUUAUAGAAUCUCAUCUCUUGAUUUGCA